AUGCGCACAUCGGUCUACGCACUGGACAAGGCGAUCAACGUGGCCCUGUAUGCUGUGUCCGGUAAGCUGGCCGCUCUGCUGGCGACGCGCGGAUUCGGGUUUACGGACCCGCCGCGGGAUGCGCCGUUACGUGCGGACCCGGCAGGGAACGCCGCCGCAGCCAGGGCGCUGCAGGGCGCUCUGCUGUGCCUGCUGGUGUUUCCCCGCGAUGCGAUGACCCUUGGCCUGAACGCUCUGUAUUUAACGCUGCCCCGGGACCGCGCGGCGGCCGCCGGGAUUGAGGGGGGAGAGGAAUGCCAGGGGUGCAAGGGUGAUGCAUCAGACGAGGAGUGCGGCUACGUGGAAAUCGCCCGGAAGCUGGCGCCUUUGAAUUUCGAAGCCAGCACGCCAUUCGAAGGCCGGGAUCACUUCGUUGUCACCCCUUACAGGACUUCCUGCAGAGCAUCUGGCCUCUCACGGCUGUCACAAAAUGACAGCAGUGUCCUACGGCAAGCUCUCAGCCGGCCCUCGCAUGACGGGGGCUACAUGGAAGCUGGGAUUUUACCGCCGGAAGCUGCAGUGCAGCUGCCGGAGCAGAUGACAGAUGGCAGGCCUCUGUUCGAAGGAGAGAGCGCUCAGUAA